AUGUCUCAACCAGAGAAUAAGAAGUCAAAAACAUCUGUUACUAAGACGAUUACAAUAUUGCCAGGUGAUCAUGUCGGUAGCGAAAUUUGCAAUGAAGCUGUAAAAGUCUUGAAGGCUAUCGAGGAAAAUACUCCAUUUCAGAAUAUCAAAUUUGAUUUCAAGAAUCACUUAAUAGGAGGAGCAGCUAUAGAUGCUACCGGUAACCCUUUACCGGAUGAAACUUUAGAAGCAGCUAAACACUCAGAUGCUGUUCUUUUAGGAGCAGUAGGUGGCCCUAAAUGGGGUACUGGUGCCGUGAGACCAGAACAGGGUUUAUUAAAAAUCAGGAAAGAAUUGAACUUAUAUGCUAACUUGAGACCCUGUAACUUUGCUUCUGAUGCAUUGUUGGAAUUGUCUCCUUUGAAGCUGAAAAUUGUCAAGGGAACUAAUUUUACAGUGGUUCGUGAAUUAGUUGGUGGAAUCUAUUUUGGUGAAAGACAGGAGCAGUCGGAGUCUGACGAUAAAGAGACUGCUUGGGAUACUGAGAAAUAUACUGUAGCUGAGGUUUCUAGGAUCACCAGGAUGGCUGCCUUCAUGGCUUUGCAACAUAACCCGCCCUUACCAAUUUGGUCUCUAGACAAGGCCAAUGUGCUCGCUUCUUCCAGGUUAUGGAGAUCUACAGUUGAAAAGGUUAUCAAAGAGGAAUUCCCUCAGCUUCAGGUUCAACAUCAGUUGAUAGACUCUGCUGCUAUGAUAUUAGUUCAAAGUCCAUCUAAAUUGAAUGGUAUAAUCAUCACUUCUAACAUGUUUGGAGAUAUUAUUUCCGACGAGGCAUCAGUUAUUCCAGGAUCUUUGGGUUUGUUACCGUCUGCAUCUUUAGCUUCAUUGCCUGAUACGAAUUCUGCUUUUGGCUUGUACGAACCAUGCCAUGGCUCUGCACCAGAUUUGCCUGCAAAUAAGGUCAAUCCUGUUGCCACGAUCCUUUCUGUUGCCAUGAUGUUGAGAUUAUCUUUGGAUUCACUCAAAGAAGCCGAAGCAUUGGAAAGUGCAGUAGGUAAGGUGAUUGAUUCUGGAGUAAGAACGGCAGAUUUGCUUGGAACGAACUCUACUACUGAAGUUGGUGAUGCCAUUUGCAAUGCCGUAGUCGAAAUCUUGAAAGACUCGGCAACCUAA